GUACCAUGCAGUGUGAAGGAGAGCGGGGGUCCGCUCAGCUUGCAGCCGUAGUGGAGAAGUUUUCUUGCCCACGGAGCUGCGGGAUUAACUGGGACACGAAGCACCGUGACUCUCCUGAAUAUUGCGAAUCAGGGACCUUCGGUAGCCCCGGCAGGCGCGGCCGGCAGACGUACACCCGCUAUCAGACCCUGGAGCUGGAGAAGGAGUUCCACUACAACCGGUACCUGACGCGGCGGCGGCGCAUCGAGAUUGCGCACGCGCUUUGCUUGACUGAGCGGCAGAUCAAGAUCUGGUUCCAGAACCGAAGGAUGAAGUGGAAGAAGGAGAACAAGCUGAUCAACUCUUCCUCUUCCUCCUCAUCGUCCUCUUCGUCCACAGUGAACGGUGCCGAGGAAGAGGAGAAACGGACGGACUAAAAGAAGGGAAACAUAAAAGAAAUAAACUGAUGUGAGAAACAUAAAAGAAGAGGAAGAGGAGGAUGGAUGCGAAGACAUGCCUGUUCAGUCCUCCCCAUCUCAAAGUUCGUCCAGACGUGUCUGGUGUGAAAACUCUGGGGUUAAAAAAAGUAUAUAUAACAUUCUCUUUUUUUUUUACCUGAGGAGGGAUGAGGGAAGAACGAGGGAGAAUAGAAGUCCCUCUAAUGUCGCCAGUCACUUAACAAUUUCAUCCAGCUGCUUCUUUGGACUGGGUCUGCCUCUCUGUCUAAAACUGGGAAAUAAUUUGGAGGGAGAAGGAACCGCCAGACUGUGGAAAGAGAAGAAAGCAAGAAAAAGGAGAAAGAGCAACGUGAAAAAAGAGAAAGAGGGUGAUGUGUGGCAUUGUGUUUUUAAAAAAUACAACAAAGUAACAUGCAACCUAACGGGGACGAGCUGCUCGGAGACACAAAAAAUCCUUGUUGCAUUCCAAGAAAACCACCUAACUUCUUAUUCUACUUAGUUUUUAUUUUAUUUGAUGUCAAAUGUACUUCCUAUCUGUCAGGCACUUGCUGUGAAGCUUUAGGACACCCCCCUCCCCCCAAAAACCAAACGAUCUUAUUUUGUAAACGUGUCGUGUGUGUAAUAUACCUUCAAACAAGCCCAUACACACAGCACGGGUCACCUGAGGAGUGUGUGUUUGUCAUACGGUGUUCAUAUUUAAACUGUAUAGAAAUAAGCAAUGGAGAACCCACCGUGUACGUUGAGAUUGAUGUAAUUUUUUGGGUGGGGGUAAUUUAACCUUUCCAGCUGUUUUACUUUUUCCAGUAUUUGCGCUAUAAUGGGUGGGUGGAGAAGGGUGUGGGGGGGAUUUAACCUACUGAUGUUAUUCGCCAAACUACCUAAAACGUUCAGGAAAGUGUAUAUUUUAUGGAUUUUUACAUUGUUUGUUUAUGUUAGUGUCUUUGUCAAGUAAUUGCGUAUAUACUACCUAUGAGAAAUGCUCAA